AUUUUGCCCAACCCCUGGUGGGACUUGGUUGUAAGCCACGCCCCAAGUGGAAGAAUUUCCCCGCAGCCUUAUACUAUCAACCAACUGUGAUGAGAGGGGAAUUUCUCUAUACCUAGGAUGACAUGGAUUAUCAUUCCAAGCCUCGGACAACGAGGUUAACUUCGUGAUGUACAUAUAUGGACUAUAAAGCGACGGCCUUUUCCAGAAGCCUGGCGCUUCGCCUUUGACGACUGCCCGAUGGAAACCUUCGAAGCUUUGCUGGUUCGACCGACCCGAAAUAAUGUUGACACCCCGCUUUCAUGACCAGACAUGACAGCGACUCAUUCCCAUCAGCCGACUCAACAGCUGCCGGAAUUGAUGCGCUGCCUUUCCUUCAAUUCUAUGCGAGGCUGCCGUGUGCUUCUGUGCCUCAUCAUCCGAUAAACUCAAAUUGGAUGCCAAGCCUGGCCUCAGUGCUCGCCAUAGGUACCAGAGCAGUCACUGCCGGUCAGCGUUACCUCGCCCAGCCGGUAACCUUCUGUUCAACCACAUCAUAUGCCGUUGUCCUUUUGCCCCUUCUAUCCUCAGAUUGUAUUCCUUGUUUAUUGAUUUUCUCAGCUACUCUCAUAUAUGUUUCUCUUCCGUUUCUUCACCAUAUCUCGACCCUAUAUGGAGCAGCAAUGCUAUGCUGGUUGGGUUGAAGACACAUGGAAGUCUAUGGCGUUCGGGAAUACACGCUGGACUUUAUCCG